UUGCAUUUACGCUCCCUCGUUGUGUUGAGUACGAGUUUGCAAACAAUUGUAAAAUUUCUUAGUUUUUGCUUAUUUUUUCACCUCAAGUCGGACUCUCUGACACGCCAUGUCCUCGCGACAAGAAGAUAAAGUCGAGGAGAAGCCAAAAAUAUCUUUUAAGAAGGUAAAAGGCAAGAGUAUUAGGCGAAGAAGAGAAUCUGAUGAGGAGGAGGAACCCAGUCCAGGCGAGGAAGAAUCUUUAUUAGCAAAACUGGAAGAGAGUAAAGAGAUGAGAAAAUUUAGACGUCGGCAGGGAGGUAUCAGCGCGGAGGGACUCUUGGUUGGGGAAAAGGUUGAAAAGAAGGAAGGUCCAGAUGAUGAUCCAUUUAAAACUAAGACUGGAGGUAUGCUUGAUCUGAGUCAAGUGAAAAAUGCCAAGAAAUCCGAUGAUGCUUAUGAUACGGGUAUCGGAACGUCCUUCUCAGCAGAAACCAACAGACGUGAUGAAGAUGCAGAAAUGCAAAAGUACAUUGAGGAGAAUCUUGCAAAGCGUAAGGGACUUACAUCUGUGGAAAAACAGGAUGACACUCCAAGACACCUGACCCUUGAGGAAGCAGCUCUUCAUGCUGUCCCAGAUAUCUUGAGGGUUUCAACGACUAAGAAGAGUGAGGAGAUGUUGAGUAACCAGAUGUUGAGUGGUAUUCCUGAGGUGGAUUUGGGGCUUGAAGCAAAGAUCCGGAACAUUGAGGCAACGGAGGAAGCCAAACAGAAACUGCUUCGCGAAAGGAUGAUGAAGAAAGAACGACCCUCAGAAUUUGUUCCCAAGAACAUGGCUGUCAACUUUGUUCAACACAAUAGAUUUAAUCUUGAGGAGGCUGGGCCAGCAAAGAAGAAGGAGAAGAAGGUGCAGGAAAUAGUGGAACCUGUAGUGGGAGGUGGAGUCAAGAUAUCGACCAUAGCCCCUAAAAGACCUCCCGGAGAGAAGGCCACGGAUGACUUCCAUUAUGAAAAAUUCAAGAAGCAGUUCAGACGGCACUAAUGCAGAUUUAUUUUAAUAUUUGUUUAUUUUCUUAUUAAUUUUUAAAAAAUAAAUAACAGGGAUUUAAUACAUACAUUACCCAGGUUGAUUUGUAAUUUGGAAAUAAAACGUAUAUUAUCUGAA